UAUAAAAAUAAAACAAAAUAACCCCAUCAGAUCUCACAAAGCACGCAAAAAAUAAAAAAAUAUCAAAUAAAAAUAGAAGGAGCAGUAAAUGGCGGUGCACAUAAGAAAACAGCCAGUGGAAGGGUCAAGUGGACCACAGAAAUGGAGAACCUACUCAUUGACCUGUGGCAAGAAAAUAUAGACGAUUUGCGGGGAGUCCGUAAGAACUCCCACGUUUAUAUGGAGAUGGCCCAGACCAUGAAGGAGGGGUGUGAUCUCGAUGUAGGAUGGACAGAAGUACGAACGAAGGUUGAAAACUUGACCAAAAAAUACAGGAUGGAAAAAAAUAAAGUGGGGCCAAGCGGAGGGGCUUCCUCUGGAUGGCAGCAUUUCGAGAAGUAUAUAAAGAUAUGGCGAUACGCUUCUCCAGAGGAAUUGCAGCUCGGCAGUUUGUGUCCUUCUUCCGUAGCACUUCCAAGCGAGUAACCAACAGAGAAAAGCAGGAUCUCUCCAUCCUAAAACGUU